UGUGUCGCAUAGCUUAUGGAUUCCUUCGUUAAACGAAAUAACUAUCAUUAACUGAAAAUUUAUGGUUCGCCAUCGCGUCGUCUUUAGGUUUGUCUUCGUUUGUUUUUCCAAUUCAUGAAUUUUGCCGAAGUUUUUUGAGGUUUGGAAGGACAUACCUGGGGUAUGGAAUCACGACCCGGUCAAGGGACUAAUGCAAGAGACGAACCACCCCCAUAUUCCUCCCUUGCACCACAAAAUUACGAAGGGCCAGAGCCUCUCGGGAUGCAGAGUAUUCCAGUCGCAGUGGGGGGUCCACCCUAUCUUCCGCCACUAGUCAAGGGACAGAAAAUUCAAAGUGGCCCUUAUGAAGUCACCGUCGAUGAGAAUAUGGUAAGACAAAGAGAAAUGCAGAAUCAGGCGAUUUACCGGUCAUGGCUGGAGCAGCAGAGACGAGCGGCACUUCCGGAGGACGAAUACUUCGCUGAAUUUCAAGUCGCUAAAGUCCGACGAGUCUUCAUUCAGAAAGUCUUCUUCAUUCUGUUCCUACAAUUCAUAUUUACAGCGUUAUACAUCGCAUGGUUCAUGUUCUAUGAGCCGGCCAAUAUUUUCAUCAAGACACACUGGUACCUGUGGAUUUUCGCUAUGGUAGCAUUCAUCUGCUCGUACUGCAGCAUCUCCCUGACUGAUUGCGGCAGAACACAAUCUGGCUGGGGUGGCAUUUGUCUCCUGCUUCUAACAUUAGCAGAGUCACACCUCUCGGCUUACAUAUCCGUCCACUUCGAAGUCGAAGUUGUGCUUAUAGCUGUUACUGCUACAGCUGCGGUCUCUAUCUUCAUCACGGCUGCAGCAGUAUGCUGCAGGUUUGAUUUCACUAAAUAUUCGGGACUGCUGAGCAUUUUGGCAUUCGUGUCACUACUGACACUGCUCUUGUUGGUCAUCACCAUGAUGUUUACCAAUAUUCCAGUCGUCAUGACAAUUUUUGGAUCUAUUGGAGCUCUGGUUUUCUCUCUGUACCUGUACUUCGACAUUCAAACGAUCAUGGGUGGCAGAAGAAUUCAAAUAAGCCCCGAAGAAGUUCUCUUCGCCACAACGCAGCUCUACGUCGACAUUAUCGGUCUAUACAGAUACAUGCUUCUUAUCGUAGGAGGCAGUCAAUCGAACUCCUGAAGUCUUCUUGAUUUUAUGACCACCCCGCUUAUAAACAAUAUAUUGAAGAAAAUUGAAUAAAUAUUUCUGUACCCGUAUCGAAAUAUACAAUUUUUUCUGAGUGUUCAACUUAGCGAAUCUACAAACAUGACGCGAUUUGAGACUUCCAUACAAAAACAAAAUCAACCGCUUCUUAAUGUUUUAUGAAGAACGAGGAGAAGAACUCGAGGAAGGAAGAAGUGGAAGUUGCGUUUGCGGAAGAGACUCGCGAAUAGAAAAAUUGAGGCGCAUGACA